UUAUUAAGUUCAUCAGUCUUUUCACUUUUCCGAAAAAAUCUGUUACUCCAACGUUAAUGGCGAUCACAGAAGGCGCCAGCAAAACCGAUUCGCGGUUAAUUUUCACGUACGGAACCCUAAAGCGCGGAUUCCCCAACCAUUUCCUGAUGGAAAAUCUGAUCGGCGCCGGCGACGUCGUUUUCGUCGGCGAGUACACGACAGUGGAGACGUUCCCGCUCGUCUGCGGGCCCUACGGGAUCCCGUACCUGAUCAACAUCCUCGGGUCGGGUAACCGGGUCAAGGGCGAGCUCUACAAGGUGAAUGGCAGUGGGCUUGGGCCGCUGGACGAUCUGGAAGGGAUUGAGAGAGGCCAUUACGAGAGGCUGCCGGUGAUCGUCGCCGGAGACGGCGGUGAGAAGGUGGCGGCGGAGGCAUACUUCGGGCACAAGAGCUUUGGAGAAGGAAUGUGGAAGAGGUGCGGAGAAUUAGGGUUUGAGGAGUUCACUAUGGAAAUGGGGGAGAAAUGUGAGAAGAAAGAAGACAGGCCUCCCAGUAAUGAUUUUCUUGAAGAUAUUAGAGAUUUUAUCUCCAAUGGGAACUGAGAUUGUAAUAUUCUCCUCUCUUAAUUAAACUUUUUAGUUAGAUAAUUAAUAAGAAGGAAAACACAUGAUUAUGUCAUUGUCAUUAUUGCUAUUAUGUCUACGGCAAAUGCUUUAAAUUGUAUGGAAAUGAUUAUUGUGAGAAACAAUUCUAUAACUUCGAAGUCUAUAGUGUAGAACUCUAAUUUCUGUUUGUUUUUUCUGUAUUUGUUAAUUAGUUUGGAUUAUUAUUGCCGUAAUAUAGUCGAAUAGUUAGUUUC